UGGAGCGCGCUGUGUGGUUGCCGUUCCCCAAGUGGUAUCAGGCCCAGAAGUCCCUUUGCUCAGUGCGGGACACGGAGGAGGGCUAUGGACAUGUUUUCAAGCCGCCAGAUUUGCUGACAAUCAAAUCUCUCCAGGCUCCUGAUAAAGACAGCUCCCAGGACCCACGGAGCGCUGUGGGAACCCUGAGGGAGAGUCAACAUAUAUGGCCAAAAAAAAUGCCAAGAAGGAAGUUACAGGCAGGAGCUGGCAUCAAGAUGCUGAAGAGGAGGGAACAUUCUCACUGGCCAGUCAGGAUGUCCUGAGGAACAGAACCAUAAAGAGAGCUAAGCGGAGACACACCAGACUCCAGCCAGAUGGAGGAGGGACUUCCAAAGGGAUUAAGGAUUUGGCUAUGCCUUCAGGAAGAGGAGAAUUUAGCAGUGGUCCAGGAGAGAAGCCUCAGGAAGGACCAACAACCAGAAAGUACACGGUCAGGGCCGCAGCACAGCCCAGGGCAGUCCUGGGUUCUGUUACUGUAGAUGGCCCCACCUCUUUGGACCACGAUCAGCUCUCAGGUCCCCAGCCUACUGGUCACAGUCAGCAUCCUGCCUCCUUCGGCCUUAGUUUCAGUCAAGCCUACGCUGGGAGUGUCUACCAUAGGCAGUUGACCGGCCUGAAUUGCUCUGUCCGGGACUGGAUAGUGAAGCACGUGGACGCGAACCCGUUCUGUGAUCUGACGCCUGUGUUUAAACAGUAUGAGAAAUACUUAGUCGCCAUAGAAAAGCAGCUCCAUAGCAGCUGCGGCUGUUUCUCUGAAAGAGAGCCCAACAGGGGCUGGGUGGGGAUGCAGCCUCCUUCCCAAAAUGAUGCUGUAGAACUACAAGCAGAGUCAGUCACAUCUGAAAAGGCAGAGUUUAUAGCUGAAAAUAAAGCGGAUCCAUACCAAGGAGCAACAAGUGCCUCAUGUAACUUUGGCAAGAACACGGAAAGUCCAGUUUGGGGUUCCUUAAGCUCUGGUCCCAUGAAUGGGGUUUCAUCAUCCACCAGAAGCUCCAGCGUGAUUGGUAAAGGUACCACCCAGAGGAAACCAGCGUCCGCAAAAGAGAGUCCAGAACAAAGCUGCAGUGAAGAGUGCAAAAGCAAAUGGGACGAGCCACCCAAGACGGUCCUCACAGAAGCGAAGGAGGAGGGCGUUUUCUACUCCAAAAAAUGCAGGCUAUUUUACAAGAAAGACAAUGAAUUUAAAGAAAAAGGUGUGGGCUUGCUGCAUCUGAAAGCCACAGCCAAUGAGAAGACGCGGCUCCUAGUGCAGGAUAGCAAGUCAGGCAACAUCCUCCUGAACAUUCUGAUUCCUCCCAAUAUGCCAUGUACGCGAAUGGGGAAGAAUAACGUCCUCCUUGUCUGUGUGCCCGAUCCACCGCUUGAUAAGAAGAAUGUCACUACCGAGGCCACUGUGCUGAUUCGGGUGAAGACAAGCAAGGACGCCGAUGAGCUGCACAGAAUUUUACUGCAGAGAAGGGGUGCGUGAACACACAGGUUCCACUGGGGACCCUGCCAACGUCCUGCUUUUCCCUCUGGCUCCCAAAACGCAGUUUUUCAUCUGUUUCUGCUUAUGCCACCCUAGCAACUUCCAUAUAACAAAAAUUUUGUGAGGAAAACGAAAGUCAACAAAAAUACCAGUGUUCAGUUGAGUGUGGAGAAAGUGUGCUCCCUUCUUAAGAGUCUCCUAACAUUGCAGAAUACUUUUGAAUAAAAAGGUUUUGGAA